AUGUCUGACGUUGCGGAGACCAAGCCCGACCCCACCACCCAGGCUCCUGAGGCCGACAAGCCUGAGACCGCCACCACCGGUGAGGGCGAGAAGAGCAUCACAGAGACCGCCACCCAGAAGGCUUCCGAGGCCGCUGAGACCGCUAAGGAUGCCGCUGUGAAGACCUCUGAUACUGUCUUCUCGAUGUUCGGUGGGGGCCCCAAGAAGGAGGAGAAGAAGCCCCAAGAGGAGGAGGAGAACGACCGCUCCGGCUCCGCAAAGGCCCAGAAGGAGGAGAAGGAAGAGGAUGUUGAGGCCGAUAAGGUCGUCGCAGACGCCGGAUGGGUACAGAAGGAGAUGAAAGAGGUGGUGGAGAUCAAGACCCACGAGGAGCUUGAGGCGCAGGUGUUUAAGAUGCGCGCCAAGCUCUUCAAGUUCGACCCCGAGAGCAAAGAGUGGAAAGAGCGUGGUACCGGUGACGUUCGUCUGUUGAAGCACAAGGAGAACCAGAAGACCCGCCUGGUCAUGCGCCGGGAUAAGACCCUCAAGGUCUGCGCCAACCACUAUGUCGUCCCUGAGAUGAAGUUGAGCCCCAAUGUCGGCAGUGACCGCAGCUGGGUCUGGAACACCACCGCCGAUGUCUCUGAGGGUGAACCCGAGAAGCAGACUCUGGCCAUCCGCUUCGCCAACAGCGAUAACGCCAAUCUCUUCAAGGAUGCCUUUGAGAAGGCCCAGCAGGAGAACGGGAAGGUCUUCGGGUCUUCGGAGUAG